CUUCCGGUUCAACACGAUGAAAUAAAAUGGCGGCGCCCAUGUACAACGUGUUUGUGGGAGCUGAAACAGGUUUAUUGAAAGGCAUCACCUUGAAAAAGGCACAGUGGAACAACCUGAAUGCUCUUGCAAGUGCUGAUAAAGAGAAAGAAAUAUGCGCCAUAUGUUGGGAUAAUACAGACGAGUCGAAAGUAUGUUUUGGUUUGAAAAACAGACAGGUGCUUGUUUAUGAUGUUGAAAAUCAAUCACUUGAAGACGAAAUUCACACGUUGGACGGAGGCAGUGGGAAAUUUCGUGCUAUAGCAAAAGUUGAAGGCAACUAUUUGACAGCCGUGGAAUCGGGUCUAGUCAAACUCUGGGACGAUGUCGACAAGAAAACCAUCGAAAUUGAAGCAGGGAAAGAUUUGUUUUGCAUGGAGCAAAAGCCACAAACUCCCAAUAUCAUCGCUACUGGGGGAAAAGAAAAUGAACUAAAACUGUGGGAUCUUCAGAAACAUUCCGAACCAAUAUUCAAAGCAAAGAAUGUGAAAAAUGACUGGUUAAAUCUGAGAGUUCCAGUUUGGGUAAUGGGUGUACAGUUCCUUCCAGGAAGCGAUAAGAUUGUCACCUCAACAGGUCAUCACCAGGUCAGAGUGUAUGACCCACAGAGUUCACAGCGUAGACCUGUCCUUGACAUUGAAGUGGACGAAUAUCCUCUUACAGCAAUGUCAUUGCGCCAUGAUCGAGACAAUCAAGUCCUCGUUGGUAACACACAGGGAAAGAUGGCAUUGGUUGAUUUGAGGAAUGGGCAAGUCGUGCAAGUUUAUAAAGGUUUUGCUGGAGGUAUACGAGAUAUCAAAUGUCAUCCCACGAAACCCCUUGUUGCAUCUUGUGGUUUGGAUAGGCAUUUACGUAUACAUGACAUCGAUUCUAGGGAAAUGGUCAACAAAUUGUAUCUGAAGUCAAGGCUCAACUGUCUCCUCUUUUCAUCAAGAGACGGAGAAAAUGUCAUGGAAAAUAAGAGUCAGGUUCAUGAAGAAGUGGAUGUAGAGUCAGGUAUUGAAUCAGAAGAAGAUGAGGAUGUUUGGGAGAAUCUUGAACUUGUGAAAACCAGGACUCUGAAAAAGAAUGAGAAAGAAAUUGUUGUCAAAGAAGAUAAAGUUGAUAAAAAGAAGAAAAAGAGAAAGAAAUUGGAUAAACAGAAAGAGGUUCCCACAACCAAGAAGAAACGUAAAUGAAGCAGAAAGACGUUAACCAUGCCGUGAACUAAAAACACAUUUGGGUGUCAAACAUUUAAAGACUAUAAUAGCAUACAGAAACAUGUCAACAUGAAACGAAAAUUGUCACCUAGAUUAACAAUGGUGCCAGUAGGGUUUUUUCCAUCAUGUUUUGGUUUGGUUUGUUGUUUUAAGCUGCGCUCAGCAAUAUUCCAGCUAUAUGACGGCAGUCUGUAAAUAAUCGAGUCUGGACCAGACAAUCCAGUGAUUUACAUCAUGAACAUCGAUCCACGCAAC